GAUAUUAAUUCAUCUGCUUACACUAUUUACAUGGGAAAGGAUAAAUAUGAAAAUGAAGAUCUGAUAAAGUAUGGCUGGCCUGAAGAUAUUUGGGAGAGAAAAUAAAAGACAUUCCAAAGGAAGUGCUGAUGGACUGUGCCCACCUUGUGAAGGCCAAUAGCAUUCAAGGCUGCAAGACGAACAACGUUAAUGUGGUAUAUACACCGUGGUCUAACCUGAAGAAAACAGCUGACAUGGAUGAGGGGCAGAUAGGCUUUCACAGGCAGAAGAAUGUAAAAAUUAUGACGGUGGAGAAAAAAGUGAAUGAGAUACUGAACCCAUUAGAAAAGACCAAAUUAGAGUGGUUUCCAGACCUAGCUGCAGAGAAGGAAAGCAGAGACUGGGAAGAGAGAAAUGAGAAAAAAGCCCAAAUUCAGGAAAUGAAAAGGAGAGAAAAAGAAGAAAUGAAGAAGAAGAGGGAGAUGGAUGAACUUAGGAGCUAUUCAUCACUAAUGAAGGUUGAGAACAUGUCUUCAAAUCAGGAUGGCAAUGAUUCAGAUGAGUUCAUGUGAAAGGAGAAAAGGAUUCUGAAAGCUGUGAAUGCAGAGAACUUUGCGGACCUUGUGAUUUCAUCUAUGUUCUAAAUUAUAAACAACAACCAAAAUUCUGCCUUCAUUCUACACAGAUAUUAUUAAUUUUGGAGUU